ACACAUACACUCGUUUGAAGAUUGAAAGCAGCGUUCUUUUGUACGUCGGCCCGCUGGAGUAUGAAGCUUCUCCUCUCGGAAUAUAAAUUGUAAUUCUUCAGAGGCUUUGCCUUCAUAAAGCUCAUUUGUCCUGCUGCUGCAGAGUACUGAGCUGUGUUAGCACAGGACACGGAGGUGAAGGGAGAUUCUAUGGCAGAGCACAUGAUGAUGCCCAUGAACCACGGUCAGGGAAACGGGGGUCUGCACGGCUACCGGAUGGGCAUGAACGGAGGCCCCCAGCAGCACACGACCCAGCCCGGCCUCAGAGCAAUGCCCAAUGGACAGAUAAUGCACUAUGGCGCAGGGCCCCAGGGAAACAUGGAGACCACCAUGCGCCAGCGACCCAACAUGGUGGGACCAAUGAACGGACAAAUAAAUGGACAAAUGGGUCACCACCAAAUGCAGUCUGCUAACAUGAUGUACAACAACCAGGGUCAGCCACAACAACAUCACGUUCAGCAACACCAACAGCACCAUCACAUGCACCAAGCACAACAGCAGCAACCUCCACCCCAGCAACAGUACAUGAGCGGUGGUCUCACGUCUCAGCAGCUUAUGGCCAGCAUGCACCUUCAGAAACUCAACACCCAGUACCAUGGACACCCGCUGGGACACAUGAAUAGCAACCACAUGGGAAACGGGGCGCAGUUCCGCAUGAACCAGGCCCAGUUGUCCAACAUGCAGCAUACGGCAGGACCUGCUCUAAGUCUGAACGGCAUGGAUGCCGAUUUGGUCGACGAAGAUGUUUUGACUGCACUGGUCAUGGAGCUAGGACUGGACAGGGUGCAGGAACUUCCUGAACUCUUCCUGGGACAGAACGAGUUUGACUUUAUCUCAGACUUUGUGAGCAAACAGCAGCCAAGCACUGUUAGCUGCUGAGACUGGAACGUAUGAACGCUUUGGAGGCGAAAUGUGCAACAAGAUCGUGAAGUUAUUUUCUUGUGGUAUAUUUUUGUGAAGGCUGUCACCAAGAGAAGAGGUGAACGGUGAAAUUUUUAUCCACAGUAAAGGGUCAUCAAGCUCCUGACAGGACUACAGUUCUGAUUGUAGCUGGAACACUGAGCGUUCCGUUGACGAAUGUAACAACAUUUCAGAACUGGGAACGUUGGGCAACGUAAAGAUGCUGAACCCCUAUUUGUCUUCAAUGCAGUUUUACAUUUAAAAAUGUAUUUAUUUAUUGCUUUAUCAGAUGUAGUAACAUAGAACAAACUUGCAGCAACAAAAUCUUUUAAAGAAAACCUGUGGUUUAUUGGGCGAGUUCUGUUUUUGACUGGGAUUACUAAAUGUCUUGGUGUUCUGGUUGCUGACGCUUUAGACCCAGAGUUUUAAGUCCAUCUAAGAGCUGUAUGGCCCAAAACUGUAAGUUUGUUUUGUUGGCAUUUACCAAGUUCUAGUAUCCCAAUGGCUGCUUGCAUAUUAUAGUGGUUAAUGCCUGUGUCUUUACAACUGGUCUGUCUAAGCUUUAGAAUUGCCUUAAAUCAAGUUGUUUUUUAUUUAUUCUACACAACCAGUCCAAGAGGGCUCAACUCUGUGUGACUUGUUAAUAAAGAUGGUCAGGUUUUAACUCUGGCCUAAUUUUUCA